UGUUUUACAAUGCGAAACUUGCAAGUAAGGGACAACGGCGUGCUAAAGAUCUGGCCCCUUCAAUCCUUCCUCACUCCUUCAUCUUCCACUUUUCCAUUCUGCGUCCCUCCAAUGGCAUCGUAUCCUUUCUAACAACACUAAUUUUUUCCUCCGUUGAAGAGCAAAACUAACGCCCUGGUUUCUCUGUUGGCCUCUUUCAAACACUUGCUCUGUUUCUUCCAUGAACCCAGCCUCUUCCUUCUGUUUUGCAUGCUCGUCCACUCGCCUCACUGCAACCCUUCUCUCGUUCAUGGGUAUAUCCCCUUUCGGCUCUUACCCACUCGGGCUCUUUUGAGAGUUUGGGAAGUCCAAAGUCUCAGGUUUUCGCGUUAAGGUUCUCCAUAGCUGUGUUCUUACAGGGCGGGAACUGUGCUGAUGAAUCAAUAUUCGAUUUAGGUUCAUGCCAGCUGAAGGGAAUUUGCGUCGUUUGAGUAUAGAAGUCAAUAAUUGUCUGGACGUGCUGAAGCUUUCCAGCAUCCUAUUAAUGGAGAAUUCACCCGAUGUGCUUGGCUCAAAAGGCUUGAUUAAAAAAAUUGAAUUUGUGAGGAUCAUCAUUCAGUGCCUAUAUGCAUUAGGGUAUAGUAAGUCUGCAUCAUGCUUGGAAUUGGAAUCUGGUAUUUCAUUCAAAUCUGCCGAAUUUCGGUUGCUUGAAUCACAAAUACUUAAUGGGGAUUGGGAUGGUUGCGUUAGCACUCUUAAUUUAAUGAAGGAUAUGAUUGAUGAAACUAGAGAAUCCGCUCUGUUUCUUGUCUUCAGACAGUGUCUUCUGGAGUAUUUGAGUUGUGGCCAAGAUACUUUAGCUUUGAAUGUAUUAAGGAAUCAGGUCUCUUCAUUACAUGUGGACAAAUGCAAGGUUCACAGCCUGGCCAAUAGCAUGCUUUCCUUGAAGGAUACGGAGUUAGGUUUGAUAGAUGGAUCCAUUGUCCAUGAUUUGCGAAGAAAGUUGUUAGCUGACUUGGAGAAAUUGAUCCCUCCUCCAAUUACAGUACCUGAAAGAAGGCUGGAGCAUUUAGUAGAAGCUACUCUGACUGCCUGGACUGAUUCUUGUAUGUAUCAUAGCUCAUCAGAUCCAAUUUCACUUUAUGAGGACCAUUGCUGUAGUCGGGAUAACAUUCCUACUGAAACCACUCAGAUCUUGACUGGGCAUAAAAAUGAAGUUUGGUUUGUGCAGUUUUCUAAUAAUGGGGAGUACCUCGCCUCUUCAUCUAAUGAUUGCACAGCUAUCAUAUGGAAGGUGCUGGAAGAUGGAGAAUUGACACUGAAACACACACUACAAGGUCACAAAAGUCCUGUAUCUUUCGUGGCGUGGAGUCCUGAUGACACUAAGUUGCUCACAUGUGGGAAUGCAGAAGUCUUGAAGCUGUGGGAUGUUGAAACAGGUACUUGCAAGCACACAUUUGGGAGUCAUGGCUUCGUUGUGAGCUCAUGUGCCUGGUUUCCCAACUCAAAGCAUAUUGUGUGUGGCAGCUCCGACCCUGAAAAGGGCAUCUGCAUGUGGGACUGUGAUGGAAAUGAGCUAAAGGCUUGGAGAGGAGUUAGGAUGCCUAAAGUUGUAGAUCUUGCUGUUACAUCAGAUGGGCAGUACCUUAUCACCGUAUUCAUGGAAAAAGAGAUUCGGAUUUUGCAUUUGGGGACGAAUAUAGAUCGAGUCAUUUCAGAGGAACACCCAAUCACAUCCCUUACAGUUUCAGGAGAUGGCAAAUUCUUCAUCGUCAAUUUGAACAGCCAGGAGAUUCAUAUGUGGGAUGUGGGUGGGGAAUGGGAUAAGCCAUUGAGGUACAAGGGCCACAAGCAACACAAAUAUGUGAUAAGGUCAUGCUUUGGUGGAUUGAAUAGCACAUUCAUUGCCAGCGGUAGCGAGAAUUCAGAGGUCUACAUUUGGAACCGCCGGAACUCAAAACCAAUAGAGGUUUUAUCUGGGCACACGAUGACUGUGAAUUGUGUCAGCUGGAACCCUAGAAGACCACAAAUGUUGGCAUCUGCCAGUGAUGAUCAUACAAUUCGUAUAUGGGGACCCAGCUUAUCAAAAAAAGAUUGAAACUAGAGUAUAUUAGUUUGAGCAAGGCUGGAUGUGAUUUUCAAACCUUAGCCUAGUGUAUAUAGAUAAGUUACAUUCUUUUCCCCAUAAGCCUAGUUUUUCAGCGCGAUUUUGUAUGUAAAACCCUGAUUUUCCUAUUAAAUUUUCGUUAUUUCCA